AUGAAUAGACAGAUACAAGAACCCGACAACAAUGAUUACGUAGCUUUUUUGCAUGAUGCUAACAAAAGCAAUAAAUAUCUUGAAGAAAAUUUCGGAAAGUUACCAGAAGAAUACCAGCAAUUAGUAAAAUCUAUUGGAGACAGGGGCUUAGGACCAUCAUAUAACGGUUUCCAACUUCUUUCAAUAGCUGUCUGGCUAAGAAAAGAACAACAAUAUACGGCAAUUGAUUAUUGGCAAGGAACAAGUAACCUUUCUAUAUAUUACAAAAGUAACGCUCUAAACGAAUUAAUCAAGAAAAGAGACCAAUUACAAGCUCAAAUACAAGAACCCGACAACAAUGAUUACGUAGCUUUUUGGCAUGAUGUUAACAAGAGAGAUAAAUAUCUAGAAGAAAAUUUUGGAAAGUUACCAGUGGAAUACAAACAAUUAGUAAGAAAUAUUGGAGACAGAAACCUAGGACCAUCAUAUGACGGUUUCCAACUUCUUUCAUUAGCUGUUUGGCUAAGAAAAGAACAACAAUAUACGGCAAUUGAUUAUUGGCAAGGAACAAGUAACCUUUAUUCAUAUUACAAUAGUAAUGUUCUAAACGAAUUAAUUAAGAAAAGAGACCAAUUACAAACUAAAGACCCUCAGGCACCAAUUAUUAAGACUAAUGACUUUCAUUAUGUCAAAUUAGUUAUUAACAAUAUUUCGCAAGGGGAUUUAUAUUUGUGUGAAUACAGAAGCCCUGAUUUAAGUAUUAUUCAACCAACUAUCAUAAAGAAUACUUCUGCAACAUAUAUUUGCAAAUCUGAAACAUUUCGUCGUUUAAGUGCUCCAAUGAAAUUCUGGAGCGCCAAAGAUCUAUAUACCACUUCAUGGUCUGCAAGCGCCUUCUGCAUAUCCAUUAAUAACGAUGAUCAAUCUAGAUUAUUAGUAUACGAAUGUGCAAAAAAUGAUUCUUUAGAUGAUCUUACGAAUAAAAAAGUGGGUAAAGAAAUAUUGAAUUUAACAAAUGGUACUACUUAUAACGGUUUCUUUAAUUCUUGGAUUUAUGCUAGUGUUACAGCUGAUAGUGGAAGGAAUGUAGAAAUUAACAUACAAAUAGGAGGCAAUCCAUUUUCAUUCUAA